GUUAGACGAUUCGCAUCAAACAACACCGUAGCGCUAGAAGCACUUGACACUCGCGCGAAUCGUUCCUCAUUGCCACCAGUAGUGCCAGUUUACUUACGUCUUUAGCUCCGUUGUUCCUUACAUAAUGAAAUAGGCAAACAGAGUGAUGGUGCAAACUUGACCCGCAGUCGAAAAUCGUUCUAGCGCGCGAGUUCCUCCCCGUUGUCUGUGCAGGAUGCUGUUCUUGACGAGAACCUCGAUCGGUGCCGUCGUCGCAGGUAGGCAAUGUUCCUGUGUCCUGGCCAGGUGGUACAGCCAGCAGCAAACAACGACUACGACGGCAGGCGGCCACUCACCGCUGAAUGUGUUGGACGAUAAAAUCUCCCGCAGUGAAAUUCAAUCCGAUGACCAUCAGAGGCGAGUGACGGCGGCCUUGCAGACCGUGUACGACAGUAUUCAGGGUUAUAGCCCUCCGAAGGCUAGUGGUGGGCUGGGGAAGUGGUUCAGCUUUGGGAAGAAGGAACCCAAGGUGCAAGCUCCCAAGGGGUUGUACAUCUACGGUAGUGUUGGAGGAGGAAAAACCAUGCUGAUGGAUAUGUUCUACGACUGCUGCUCGAUCGAUCGCAAGCGGCGUGUUCACUUCAACUCCUUCAUGACCGAUGUCCACACCAAAAUUCACGAGAUAAAGUCGAAACAGGUCCGUGACGCGAGCAACACCAAACCGCAGCCAUUCGACCCGAUCAAGCCAGUCGCCGAGAUCAUCACCCAAGACUCGUGGUUGAUUUGCUUUGACGAAUUUCAGGUCACAGACAUUGCGGAUGCGAUGAUUCUGAAGCGGUUGUUUACCUAUCUGUUCGACAGCGGAGUCAUCGUGGUGGCAACAAGCAACCGAGCCCCCGACGAUCUAUACAAAAAUGGCCUUCAGCGCAGCAACUUUAUACCCUUUAUCGGGGUGCUGAAGAACCACUGCCGUGUGGUGACGCUGGACAGCGGCGUGGACUAUCGGACGGCGACGCUCAAGGGCGAAGGGAUGCACUACUUUGUAAAAUCUCAAGUGGACGCAGACGGCGCCAUGGACAAGAUAUUCAAGGUUCUCUGCUCGCAGGAGAACGACAUGAUUCGGCCGAAAACUUUCACCCAUUUUGGACGUAACAUAUCCUUCGCCAAAACCUGCGGACAGGUGCUGGAUAGUACAUUCGAUGAGCUAUGUGAUAGACCCCUUGGUGCAUCGGAUUACAUUCAGAUAUCGCAGUUCUUUCAUACCGUACUUAUCAGGGACAUCCCGCAGCUGAACUUGAAGCUGAAAUCGCAAACCAGACGAUUCAUCACGCUCAUCGAUACGCUGUACGAUAAUCGUGUUCGGUUGGUCGUCUCGUCGGACAUGCCGUACAAGAGCCUUUUCUCGAACGAGAAACCCGAAGACCUGCACACCUCGGACGAACACCGCAUGCUGAUGGACGAUCUGAAAAUCACCAAAGAUUCCACCGACGCCACCUCCAAUAUCUUCACCGGCGAGGAGGAAGUGUUUGCCUUCGAACGGACCGUAUCCCGACUGGCCGAGAUGCAAUCGGCCGAGUAUUGGUCCCUGUGGGAGAAGCACCGAUAGAGCUGGAUGAUAACGACGCGCACAAUAUGGCCACCAUCGCUGCUGCUGAGCAGUUACGCUUAUGGGCGGGUGACAUUCGUCAUCGCCUAACUUGAGUCACGAGUAAUAGAAUAAUUAAUUGAGGGACAAACUUGGAGAAGACCUGUACAUAUAUUUAUUCGAAUAAAGAAGUAUUGAUGAAAGAGACGGAACAGCAA